AUGGAACGAUUUCCGCCGUAUGAGCUCGAGAAGUACGUGCUCGCUGCUCGCGGAGCCGUCCUGCUUUGCUCGUCUCUCGAGGUGAUAUUAUAUGACUUUGCAACAGUAUUCCUUUCUUUUCCAGCUCCUCCUCGUACUGUUCAAUUGGCUCGAGAACAGUUGUCUCUUCGCCAAACUCGUCUACUUCCUGGCCCUGGCCGUCUCGAUCUCCGUCUCCGCCCACAACGUCGUGUUCAUGAUCGACGGACGCGACGAAGUCAAGAAGGCGUUCCGAUCAAGUGGAAGUUCGGAUGUACGCCUCAAGUCUUUCAUGCUCAUCCUGGCGCCACUGGCUUCCGGCGUUUUGGCCUUCUUCUGCGUCACCGGCCACUUCUUCUUCUCGCUUCUCGCCUUUUGCCACCUGGUCGGAGCCGUCGGUCAAUUGGCCGUGGAAGUUUACGAGGCGAGCAAGGCCGGAGGGAUCGCCGAAGGUCCUCCGGAGCCGGAUCCGAUUGCGAAUCCAAAAAAGCCCGGAAGUCCCAGUUAG